CUGUUUCAGGUCACUAGUGAUGCAGGCCUCCAAGAAAAAAAAAAACUUUUGUAGAUGAACUCAUGACUUCUAGUAGUAUCUGAGCAGGAUGGACAUGGAUGAUCAAACCAUGCCAAGCUGUGCAGAAACACUGACCACCAGUCGUAAAGGGAAAUUGGAGGGCUGUAGGACCCAGAGGAUGUCAAACAUUAGGAAGAGGAAGGCUGAAGCAGGCGCUCCUGUCCCACCCUAGAGCAGGGGAGGAGAAGUAGAGCUGCAUUCCUGCUGUCAACAGUCCUGCUGCUGCUGCUGCUGCAAAAGAUCGGCUUUAAGGGGAAAACUGCACUUUUCUCUGUGUGUGAGAGAGAGAGAACACAGCAGGGAGGUGGAGUUCAACAAAACAAGACCAGACAUCCAAGAGGAGAGUCAAGUGAAAGCAGUGUUCUACAGGUACGUCAGGAUGACUUCUCCAAAGCAGCCGCAGGACAGCGUCUCCAGCUUGGCAGAGGCAAUAUCUCCUGAGUCGUGGUCCAAGGUUAGCUGUCCUUGUUGCGUGUCUUCUGAGGUCGAGCCUCUGGUUCUGAUUCAACUGGCCGAGAAUGUGGAGGCCAACACCAAGCAGUGGAUCAUGGCCAUGAUCUCAGCACCUAAUAAUGCAGGAGGAGCACACCUACUCGUACACCCCGGUGAAGAUGCCAGCUGGGGUCGAAUUGUGGUCUCGGCACCUCGCUGUACCUUACUCAGGGCCACAGAAGAACUGGGACUCUGCAAAGCGGACAAAGAGGGCAAUAUGGUCUUGUUUUCCUAUCAUGAUCGUGACAACUUUAAUAACAUCAAUGACAUGCAGAAGUUCCUGACUCUGGCUGAGAGACAACACAUCGUCCAACAUGAGCUGGAGUCCAUGCGAGCCAAAAAAGACCAGCGUAUCCCUGGAAUACCUGGAGACAAGGGUAUCCUUAAAUCCAGACAGAACAUAUUUCAGAAGCUGCAGAAAGCAGGAGUGAUCCAGGAUGUUUUCCCCCUGUGUGAUGAGAAGAAGCUACAUGCUCUUGGCAAAGAGUGGUACUUACAGAAAAGCUUGUGGGGUCAGCCUUUAGACUCCAUUCAUGCUUACUUCGGUGGCGCCAUUGCUUUCUACUUCAGCUUCUUAGACUUUUACACGUGGGCUCUGGUACCUCCAGCAGUUCUGGGACUCUUCAUAACCUUCUUCCUUCCUGGAGCUCCGCCCACUGAUGAACCUAAAGCAGAUAAUUCAACCCCUGGUCCGGGUUCCUCUGAUGGCGAUGAUAGCCAGUUGUCUGUGAGCGCGUACAUGGUGCAGGCCUUGUUCAGCAUGGUGUGGUCGACCGUGUUCAUGGAGCUAUGGAAGAGACGAAGCGCUGCGCUGUCGUACCGUUGGGGCACGCUGACGCUAACAGAGCAGUUUCAGGAACCGCGGCCUGGUUUCCAGGGUGAGGUGGGAAUCAAUCCUGUGACAGGCAGAAUGGAGCCACUCUUCCCUGAAACGCAGAGGCAGAUGCGGGUGGGCCUGGUCUCUGUGCCCGUGGUGGGACUUUUCCUUGGAUUCGUUGUCCUCGGCAUGGUGGGAUUUUAUUACUGCGAAAGCACCAUGGCUUCAAUUCACAAGGCUUCUGGAUCUUUUCUAACGGCCACGUUGUCCUACCUGCCCUCCAUCAUCCACAUUGUGUACACCAACAUGCUGGGGAAUGCCUACCGUACGGUUGCACUGAAGCUCACCGAGUGGGAAAACCACAGAGAAGAAUCGGCUUUUCAGUAUCAUCACACCACCAAAGUUCUGGUGUUCACCUUUUUUAACAACUUUGCUGUGCUGUUCCACAUUGCCAUCUUCAAGCAGGACCUGCACCUCCUACACAAGAGGUUGUCAUCGCUGCUGAUCUUGUCUCAAGUGGUGAACCAGUUCACGGAGAUUGUGGUGCCGUAUGUGGUCGAUCGUUUCUACAGCUCUUCACAGAAAGAGCUGAAGGAGGAUGACCCGGCUGCUGAUCACAUGCAGGCUGAAGGCAAUCUGCCUCCAUUUCCUGGUCUGUUUCUGGAGUACAUCGAGCUGCUGGUGCAGUUUGGUUACCUGAGUCUCUUCUCCUGUGUGUAUCCACUCACGGCUGUGCUUCUGCUGAUUAACAACAUCACAGAGAUCCGCGGUGAUGCCUACAAGAUCUGCCGCCUCUUCCGAAAGCCAUUUUCUCCACCUGAGUCUGGCAUAGGGGUGUGGCAGGCAGCAUUCGAGGUGUUGUCGUUUCUCUCGGUCAUCUCGAACUGUUGGCUGCUGUUUUUGGCUCCACGGAUUAAAGCGUUCACUCUGGAUUCUGGACUAAGCCCGAGCCUUGUGUUGAUAUUCUUCAUCAUGUUGGAGCACGUUUUGAUUAUUGUGAAAAUGAUUCUGGCCUUUAUUAUUCCUGAUGAACCAGACUGGGUCCGAAUCAAGAGGCAACAGAUUGAAUAUUGCACCAUGUUGGCCCUCAAAGAGCAGAAGGUGAAGCACUCCCAGACCGAUCAGCUCCCUCGCUCAUAACCCUAAGAUGGAGGGAACUAGACACAGUGGUGUGGCAUCGGGCAGCCGGUCCACUGCAUCAUGGUUUCUGUAAUGAUUGCAAACUGUUUGCUGUUGCACAGUAAAGUAUGGGGGUGCCAAAUGGUGCCUGGACCCUUGUGAGAAAUUUGGACCCAUGUAAACAACUGGACUCCCCAUAGAGGACUGCUGUAGUAUAGAAAAAGCUUUUUAAAGGAAUGUGGCAUAUAAAAUACAGAGCAGGGUAUAGAACAUAGUGAGCUAAAAGGGCCAUUUAAGGCAUAUUAAUUUGCGAGCUCAUUAACUCAUAGGUCUGUGUUCAGAGCAUGCACUAAAUAUGCCCAGGUUUGGUAUUUUAAAUAUUUUAAAAUAUAUCUUGUAUUACAGAAUGGCAUAUAUGUAAGACAUCAUGCAUCAACACUAAACGGCAGACAAAUCACACCACUUAUGCAGAACAUUCAUGAAUAUAUUUACACUGUGUCUCAAAUCGCAUCCUAUGACAUCAUACACUUUCAUGUUCUUUAGUAUAUAGAAUAUCCUUUUAAAUGUCUGUUCUUGACAUGAAGCUGCAGGUGAUUUGCAUUUGGGAUGUCAGGAGAAACACAAGAUCAUGUCAAUAGCAUAUACAGAGUUAAUAAAAACAGAGUCAGCCUGUGACACUUUCAUUUAGCUGCAAAUUUCCAUUGUCUGUUAUCUGCUACCAGCCCUUCCAGAUGUGUGUUGUGCUACAUGAUAAGGCAGAUUAAUGUAAAAUGCAUGUCUUAAUUUUCAUUUAAUUUUUUCAGAAAUAAUAGAAUCCAAAAUUGGACUAAUUUGCACACUAAUCAGUUAUGCACUAAUAGCGUACAUGCGAUUUGAGACACAAUGCAUACUUUGCACUUCAGCCUUCGUGCACCUUUAUCAUCUAGGAACCAAAGAAUCUUGCUUGCUGAAAUAUUUGCCUAUAUAGAGUGUAUUGUUACCAAUUGAUGCCUUUAUGAAAUUAUCCAGCCACUGCUGAGUGAUGCUUUAUUGAGCAGCUAAAAGAACCAAAGAGUGAACAUUAUACUCACCAAGAUGUUGUGCACUGUACUGAUAAUAAAUGAAAAAAAAAUGACACAGGACAUUCAUUUGUUUAUUUCGUUUUAAUAAAUAAAUACAAAAAUAAAUUAA